AUGAUACGAAAAGUUAUUAGUCAGUUACAAGAGAUCCAAGGGCAAGUGAGGGAGGUUAUCGAGUUACAUGGAUCAGACUUAUCUUCCAGUUCAAAUCACCAUCAAAAUACAACCUUAGAUCAGCACCUAAGGACAUCAAGUCUUGGUCCAAGAGAAGUGUAUGGAAGAGUUGCAGAAAAGAACUCCAUUGUAAGGAUGAUAACAAGAGAAAAAUCUGAUGGUGUAGUUGUUCUGCCUAUUGUAGGCAUUGCAGGUGUUGGCAAAACAACUCUUGCUCAACUUGUAUACAAUGAUCCAUAUUUGGAUGAUCAUUUUGACCAAAGGAUAUGGGUUUGGGUGUCUCGCAAUUUUGAUGAAGUGAGACUAACAAGGGAGAUUUUGAACUCUGUUUAUCAAGAAAGGCAUGAAGAUAUAAAAUGUUUUGCGAAGCUUCAGGAGAUCUUGAAGCAUCAGGCCGACUCACAGCGACUUUUAAUCAUUUUAGAUGAUGUCUGGGAUGACAUGAACGAUAAUAUCCAACACCAUAAAAUGUUGGCUCCUCUGGUAUCAAGUCAUGUGAAGGGUAAUGUGAUUCUAGUCACAACCAGAAGUAUGUCUGUUGCACAAAGCUUAGGCACCCUCAAGCCAGUCAAGUUAGGUGCUCUGGCAAAUGAUGACUUUUGGUUAUUGUUCAAAUCACACGCAUUUGGUUACGAGAACUGUCAGAAGCAUCAAAGUUUAAGUAUCAUCGGGCGGCAAAUAGCCGAGAAGUUAAAGGGCAACCCAUUAGCAGCUGUAUCUACAGGAGAACUAUUACGGAAGAAACUUAACACCGAUUAUUGGAGAAUCGUUCUAAAGAACGAAGAGUGGAAAUACAUGCAUCACAAUAGAGGGAUCAUGGCUGCUUUGAAGCUUAGCUAUGAUCAACUUCCGUACCAUUUACAACGGUGUUUCUCAUAUUGCUCCAUAUUCCCUGACAGUUAUCAGUUUCUUAAUGAGGAGUUGGUCGGUUUCUGGAUAUCACAGGGAUUUGUAAAGUGCAACGGCUCUAGUCAGAGAUUGGAGGAUAUAGGGCGGGGAUAUCUGAUUGAUUUGGUUAACCUGGGCUUCUUUGAAGAAGCUAAAAGAGAAGAACCAUAUCUAGGCAGUCAAGUUAUGUAUGCCAUAUGCGGUCUCAUGCAUGAUUUUGCGAUGAUGGUUUCAAGGACUGACAGUGCAAGUAUAGAUGGUCGACCCUACAAAAAAAUGCCUCGAACUCUACGACAUUUGUCAAUAGUAAAUGGAUCUGCAUACCAGAAAGAUCAGCAUGGGAACAUUUAUCGUGAUGAGAAGUUUGAAGAAAAUCUGAAAAAUGCAAUUACAUCAGUUAGUGAACUGAGGACAUUAGUGUUACUUGGGCACUAUGACUUUUCCUUCUUACUAUUAUUCCAAUAUAUAUUCCAAAAGGCGCAUAACUUACGUGUGCUACAAAUGUCUGCAGCAUCUGCUGAUUUUCUCAAACAUGGGAUUGAGGAGGUGGAUGGGUCUUUCCCUCAAAUUUUGAGCAAAUUGUACCAUCUCCAAGUAUUAGACGUCGGUUCAUACAAUGAUCGUACUAUGCCUGGUUGUAUUGAUAAUCUUGUUAGCCUGCGGCAUCUUGUUGUACACAAGGGAGUGUACUCUUCCAUUGCAACCAUUGAUAAUAUGCUAUCAUUUCAGGAACAACAUGGUUUCAAGUUUCAUAUUUCUAGUGGCUUUGAGAUAACACAACUCCAAUCCACUGAACAUUGGAUGCAUGUUAAUACUCUGGAAGAUGUUUAUGAGGCAGGACUGGUAAACAAUGAACUCUCAGAAAAGUUGCACUUGUCCUGGAAGGAUUCUCCUGCGGACAUGGUCAUGGAGGUUGAGGGUUGGGAACCACAUUGGGACUUAAGGAUUCUCGAGAUAUCUGGGUAUAAUUUUGCUUGGACAAUUAUGGUUGACAACAUUAUCUUGGUUACCUCCUCCCAGACGGUUCACAUAUGCGAUUGCAUUGAAUGGAAAAUACUUCCAUCUUUGGAAAGGUUUCGGUUUUUGACAAAGCUGGAGUUGAGAAACCUGCCGAAAGUAGUAGAAAUACUGGUUCCUUCACUGGAGGAGCUAGCUUUAGUUAAAAUGCCAAAGUUGGAGAAAUGUUCAUGCACUUCCGUGGAAGGUAUGAGCUCUAGACUAAGAGCACUGCAGAUCAAGGAUUGUCAAUCACUGAAGAAGUUUGAUCUGUUUGAGAACAACGAUAAAUUUGAAACCGGGCAGAGGUCAUGGGCUCCUAGUCUUAGGGAACUAAGUCUGGAGAAUUGCCCCCAUUUGAAAGUGUUGAAGCCUCUUCCACGCUCAAUCAUGUGUUCUGGGUUACUCAUCCGUGGAGUUUCAACACUUCCGUACAUGAAGGGAUCAUCUGAUAAAAAGUUAUGCAUUGGGUAUGAGGAUGAGGAUGACUACUAUGGUCUUGACGAAUCUUCCGAUGAGUUGAAGAUACUGGAUGACAAAAUGUUUAUGUUCCAUAAUCUGAAAAACCUCAAAUCGAUGGUUAUAUAUGGUUGCCGGAAUCUAAGUUCCAUUUCGUUAAAAGGUUUUAGUUACCUUGUCUCUUUAACGAGCUUGAAAAUAAGAAAUUGUGAAAAACUUUUUGCUUCAAAUGAGAUGCCAGAGCAUACCCUCGAAGAUGUGACACUUGUGAAUUGCAAGGCUUUCCCAUCUCUCGAAUGUCUCAGUAUUGAUUCAUGUGGUAUAGUGGGGAAGUGGCUAUCUUUGAUGCUGCAACAUGCGCCAUGCCUAGAGGAAUUGUAUUUGUCUUCCCAAGAGGAAGAAAAUUCAGAAGAGGGAGAAAAUUCAGAAGAGGAAGAAAACAGUAUAUCAAAUCUUAGCUCAACCAAGGAGGGCACAUCAUCCGGAAAUCCAGAUGACGGAUUAGCUCUAGACCGACUGUUGAGUAUCCCACUAAAUCUCAUCUCCAUUCUAAAGAGGAUAACUAUUGAGAGGUGCGCUCAUCUAACAUUUAACUGGGGCAAGGAAGGCAUCUCAGGAUUUACCUCCCUUGAGAAGCUAAUCAUUUUAGACCGCCCUGACCUGCUCUCGUCCUUGGUGCAUACAGAAGGAGGAUGGCUACUCCCGAACUCACUUGGCCAACUUGAAAUCGAUGGCCAUUCCCAAGUAACGCUGCAACCCUGCUUUCCUAGCGAUAUCACUAGCCUUAAAAAGUUAGAGGUACAUCGCAGCCCAGGUUUGCAAUCUCUACAGCUGCACUCAUGCACGGCACUGGAAGAAUUGGUAAUUAGAUACUGUGGAUCGCUCACUGCACUGCAGGGUCUGCAAUUCCUUGGCAGCCUCAGGCAUUUGACAGUAUUCAAGUGCCCUGGCUUGCCACCAUUUCUGGAGAGCUUUUCAAGGCAGGGCUAUACGCUGUUACCUCGGCUGGAAAGCCUUUGCAUCGAUGACCCAUCUGUCCUUACCACGUCAUUCUGCAGGCACCUCACCUCCCUGCAACACCUAUAUCUUUUUUUCUUGAAAGUGACGAGACUAACAGAUGAGCAAGAGCAAGCGUGUGUGCUCCUCAAGUCCCUGCAAAAGCUCCAAUUUCAGUAUUGUUCCGAUCUCGUAGAUAUUCCUGCAGGGCUGCACAACCUUCCAUCCCUGAAGAGUUUGAAGGUAGAUGGGUCUAGGGGCAUCUCAAGGCUGCCGGAAACAGGCCUCCCACUCUCACUGGAAGAACUGGAAAUUUGUUGUUGCAGCAGGGAGCUAGCUGAUCAAUGCAGAAUGCUACCACGGGGCAAGCUAAAAGUUAAAAUUGAUUUGUGUUUUUGA